AACUUUAUUUAUCAAUUUAUUUUACAUUAAAAUGAUUUCUGAUUCGUUAUGAGGAGGAGGGUUUAGUUUCCCUGGUUGAUUCCUCCACAAUCAAGAAAACCCAGGCAACAAGCACAACCAAACAGGCAGGGAUGUCGUCGCAGGGCACAGGUUCAGUAGUGGAUUUCGACCUCCCUGACGAGAUUCUAUCGGUUAUACCGACGGACCCAUACCAGCAGCUUGAUCUCGCUCGCAAGAUAACCUCCAUGGCCAUCGCCUCUCGUGUCUCUUCUCUCGAGUCCGACGCCUCUCGCCUCCGCCAGAAGCUUCUCGAAAAGGACCGAAUCAUCCUCGACCUCGAAGACCGCCUCUCCUCCCUCACCCGCGCCUCCCACCAAACCGACUCCACCCUCAACACCGCCCUCAACGAAAACAUUAAGCUUUCCAAGGAGAGGGAUCAAUUGGCCGCCACCGUCAAGAAGUUAAGUCGAGACUUUGCCAAGUUGGAGACAUUUAAGAAACAACUGAUGCAGUCGCUAACUGAUGACAAUGCAUCGCAUGCUGAAACCAUAGAUAUUGGAACCUGUGAUCAAUCAGUUCCAAAGGCAUAUCCUGAUAAGGAUGAUGAUGGAAGUGGCUAUAUGGUACAUCAUUCAUACAAUGGCCCUGCAGAUGUGGGUAAAACAAAUGAUGAAGCUUCCAGGUAUUCAGGGCAAAGGUUUUCUUUGACCCCAUAUAUCACACCACGUCUUACACCGACAGGAACUCCAAAGGUGAUUUCAACAGCCGGGUCUCCUAGAGAAUAUUCUGCAGCUGGAUCACCCAAGAAAACUUCUGGUGCCACCUCUCCUACAAAACUUCCAUAUGAUGGGCGAACAUCUCUCUCAUCAUGGUAUUCAUCUAGUCAGCAGUCAUCAGCAGCAAACUCCCCACCACGGGGACGAUCACUUCCAGUUCGAACUCCAAAGAUUGAUGGAAAGGAGUUUUUUCGUCAGGCCAGGAGUCGCCUUUCAUAUGAGCAGUUCAGUGCAUUUCUUGCCAACAUAAAGGAAUUAAAUGCUCAGAAGCAAACACGGGAGGAAACUUUAAGAAAAGCAGAUGAGAUAUUUGGGUCAGAUAACAAAGAUCUUUACUUAUCUUUUCAAGGAUUGCUUAACCGUAAUGCACGCUAGUACUGAAAGCAGCAUUGCCGAGUAUUGUAUGAGUUGAAAACACAUGACUGAUGGAGAUCCACACUCAACACAACCCUCCCUAUCAUGAAGUUGGUCACGCGUUGGUAGCCUAAAAGUUAAUAAUCUCCGAGCAAAAACCAGAGCAUUGGAGGGUACAGAACAUUCCCAAAAGUGCUGAAAGAUAACCAAGAGAUCAACAUCCUCAUCUGCGGUUGAUGAUGUGACAGCCUAAAACUCUUUAUGAAGUAUGAACAAACAUACAUUUUUAGUCUCCAUGAAUUUAUUUUAUAAAAUGUGUUCAUUAAUGCAAUUGUGGAAAUAAUGUUA